AUGGGAAGCUUUGGAUGGCCAAACGAUGAAGUGGUGAAUGAUUUGAAGAAAACAUGGUCCAGUGAUGAGUCUAAUUCUGAUUCUGAUGGACAAAAGUCUCAGCAGCCAGUUACUAAUUCAACCCUACAAAUGAUGGGAAUCAGUUUUUCAUCAUCCACAAUGACUGAUAUUUGGAAUCAAGAUUUUCUCCAAGAAAAUGGAAUAUCUGAGGGAAAUUAUUCUCACACAAAGCAAGUAAACCAGAAUUCAGGCAUGAAUUAUCAGCAACAAACUGGAAUUGACAGUUCACAGAUUAAUCAAAUGGAUUGGAACUUAAAGAAUUUCUCCACUGCUGCCCAAAAUCCCUCCUUUCCAUUGAAUUCAGCUUCUGAUAGCUACACUUCAUCAUGUUUGCAAACUUUAUUUGAUACAUAUUCUGAUCAGCCUCAACAAUCUUUAUCAGAUAGUACUCCGGCUUUGAACUUUUCAUCCGCCAUCAAUUACCCGGUGAAGUCGAAUGAAUUUUCUCUUUCUUUGCCUAAACAGCAACCUGUUAGUCAUUUACAGUUCUCAAACAACUCACCCUUUGCGGGUGCCCUCAACAACAAUCGACCAAUCCUUUUCCCUUCGGCACAAGCCCAGUUCUCGUCAGACCUUAACCCGAUGGGUUCGGAAGCAAAUAAAACUAGCAUUGAACCAGCAUUCAAGCGAUCCCGAAUUGAAACACCGUCACCAUUACCAACCUUUAAGGUCAGAAAAGAGAAGUUGGGGGACCGAAUAACUGCCCUCCAGCAGUUGGUUUCACCUUUUGGAAAGACUGAUACUGCAUCGGUUCUCCAGGAAGCAAUUGAAUACAUAAGAUUUCUCCAUAAUCAAGUCAGUGUAUUAAGUGCUUCUUAUAUGAAAAAUGGAUUUUCAGUUCGAGGUCAAAUGCUUGCUGAUAAACUUAAGGAUGAAAAAGGGCCAAAACAAGACCUAAAAAGCCGGGGACUUUGCCUGGUUCCAAUGUUAAGCACCUUUCCGAUUGCUGCAGAGACUGCAUCUGAUUUUUGGGACCCUAAAUUUGGAGGAACAUUCCGUUAG